AUGGCGGACUCCAGAAGCGGUGUGCAGGGCUCUCUGCUGGAGCUGCAGGAGUUCUUGUCCACCGCGGACCACUACAGCGCUGCCACGGCCAGCUAUCAGCUGAUCCGCGGCCUGGGGCAGGAGUGCGUGCUAAGCACCAGCCGGGCUGUGCUGGCGUUACAGACUUCCUUAAUUUUUUCCAAAGAUUUUGGUUUGCUUGUAUUUAUUCGGAAAUCGCUUAGCAUUGAUGAAUUUCGUGAUUGUAGAGAAGAAGCCCUAAAAUUUUUAUGUGUUUUCUUAGAAAAAAUUGACCAGAAGAUCACACCUUAUUCUCUUGAUGUUAAGACUACUUGUACCAGUGUAUAUACAAAAGACAGAGCUGCUAAAUGUAAAAUUUCAGCCCUAGAUCUUCUCAUUAAGUUACUUCAAACUCUGAGGAGUUCUAGGGUCAUGGAUGAAUUUAAAGUUGGAGAAUUAUUUAAUAAAUUCUAUGGAGAACUUGCAUUGAAAACCAAAGUACCAGAUACAGUUUUAGAAAAAGUAUAUGAGUUCCUAGGAGUAUUAGGUGAAGUGCAUCCUAGUGAAAUGAUAAAUUAUUCAGAAAACCUUUUCCGGGCAUUUCUUGGUGAACUGAAGACGCAGAUGACAUCCGCAGUCCGAGAACCCAAACUCCCCGUGGUGGCUGGCUGUCUGAAGGGACUGGUCUCACUUCUGUGCAACUUCACCAAGUCCGUGGAAGAAGAUCCACAGACUUCAAGGGAGAUUUUUGAUUUUGCACUCAAAGCAAUUUGUCCUCAGAUUGAUCUGAAGAGAUAUGCUGUGCCUUUGGCCGGCCUGCGCUUAUUUACCCUGCAUGCUUCUCAGCUUAGCACCUGCCUUCUAGACAACUGUGUGUCUUUAUUUGAAGUACUGUCAAAGUGGUGCAGCCACACAAACAUAGAACUGAAGAAAGCUGCGUAUUCAGCCUUGGAGUCCUUUCUGAAACAGGUUUCUUACAUGGUGGCAAAAGACGCGGAGGCACACAGGAGUAAGCUGCAGUACUUUAUGGAGCAGUUCUAUGGGAUCAUCAGGAACGUAGAUUCAAACAACAAAGAAUUAUCCAUUGCUAUUCGUGGAUAUGGCCUUUUUGCAGGACCCUGCAAGGUUAUAAAUGCAAAAGAUGUUGACUUCAUGUACGUUGAGCUCAUUCAGCGCUGCAAGCAGAUGUUCCUCGCCCAGAUGGACACCAUUGAUGACCAUGUUUAUCAGAUGCCAAGUUUCCUCCAGUCCAUCGCAAGUGUCCUGCUUUACCUGGACACGGUUCCUGAGGUGUACACUCCAGUUCUAGAACAUCUCAUGGUGGUGCAGAUAGACAAUUUCCCACAGUACAGCCCCAAAAUGCAGUCAGUCUGUUGUAAAGCUAUAGUGAAAGUCUUCUUAGCCCUCGCAGAAAAAGGACCAGUUCUCUGGAAUUGUGUGAGUGCUGUAGUGCAUCAGGGUUUAAUCAGAAUAUGUUCGAAACCAGUGAUCCUUCAAAAGGGUGCUGAGUCUGAAUCUGAGGACCAGCGGGCCUUGGGGGAAGUUCGGGCUGGCAAAUGGAAAGUGCCCACGUACAAGGACUAUGUGGAUCUUUUCAGACAACUCCUGACCUGUGACCAAAUGAUGGAUUUUAUUUUAGCCGAUGAAACAUUUCUCUUUGUGAAUUCCUCUCUUCAAAGUCUGAAUCGUUUACUCUAUGAUGAAUUUAUGAAAUCUGUGCUGAAGAUUGUGGAGAAAUUGGAUCUUACACUAGUAAAGCAGACUGGGGAACAAGAGGAUGGAAACGAGACUGCUCAUGUUUGGGUGAUCCCGACUUCAGAUCCAGCUGCUAACUUGCUUCCUGCUAAACCUAAAGAUUUUUCAGCUUUCAUUAACCUGGUGGAGUUUUGCAGAGAGAUUCUUCCUGAGAAGCAAGUCAGAUUCUUCGAACCGUGGGUGUACUCGUUUGCAUAUGAGUUGAUUUUACAGUCCACACGGUUGCCCCUCGUCAGUGGCUUCUACAAAUUGCUUUCCAUUGCAGUGAAAAAUGCCAAGAAAAUGAAAUAUUUUGAGGGAGUUAGUCCAAAGAGUUUGAAACACUCUCCUGAGGACCCAGAAAAGUAUGCUUGCUUUGCUUUAUUUGCAAAAUUUGGCAAAGAGGUCUCAGUUAAAAUGAAGCAGUAUAAGGAUGAACUUUUGGCUUCCUGCUUGACCUUUGUUCUGUCCCUGCCGCAUGACAUCAUUGAACUCGACUUGAAAGCUUACGUCCCUGCAUUGCAGAUGGCUUUCAAGUUGGGCCUGAGCUAUACCCCGCUGGCAGAAGCAGGUCUGAAUGCCCUCAAAGAAUGGUCACUGUACAUCCGCAAGAAUGUAAUUCAGCCUUAUUACAAAGACAUUCUUCCCUGCCUCGAUGGGUACCUGAAGACUUCCACCUUAUCAGAUGAGACCAAGAACAUCUGGGAAGUGUCAGCACUUUCCCAGGCUGCGCAGAAAGGGUUCGGUAAUGUUGUACUGAAGCAUCUGAAAAAAACCAAGAGUCUUCAUUCCAAUGAAGCAGUAUCCUUAGAAGAAAUAAGAAUCAAGGUAGUGCACAUGCUUGGAUCUCUAGGAGGACAAAUAAACAAAGACCUCGUAACAGGUAAGCUGUUUCUCUUAACCAAACUGAUCUUCAUAGCUGUCUUUGUAUUAGAGAAAAGACUCAGUUUCGCAGUGCCUUUCAGAGAGAUGAAGCCUGUCAUCCACCUGGAUCUAUUCUUGCCGCGAGUCACCGAAUUGGCUCUUUCAACUAGUGAUAGGCAAACGAAGGUGGCGGCUUGUGAACUGUUACACAGCAUGGUCAUGUUUAUGUUGGGAAAAGCCACUCAGAUCCCGGAAGGCGGGCAGGGCUUGCCACCCCUGUACCAGCUCUACAAGCACACAUUUCCCGUGCUGCUUCGCCUUGCAUGUGAUGUGGAUCAGGUGACAAGGCAACUGUACGAGCCACUUGUGAUGCAGCUGAUUCACUGGUUCACUAACAAUAAGAAAUUUGAAAGUCAGGAUACUGUCGCCUUACUAGAAGCCAUACUGGAUGGAAUUGUGGACCCUGUUGACAGCACUUUAAGAGACUUUUGUGGUCAGUGUAUUGGAGAGUUCCUUAAAUGGUCCAUUAAACAAACAACGCCACAGCAGCAGGAAAAGAGUCCAGUGAACACCAAGUCCCUUUUCAAGCGUCUGUACAGCUUUGCGCUUCACCCCAACGCCUUCAAGAGGCUUGGAGCCUCACUUGCCUUUAACAACAUCUACCGGGAAUUCAGGGAGGAAGAAUCUCUGGUGGAACAGUUCGUGUUCGAAGCUUUGGUGAUAUACCUGGAGAGCCUGGCCUUGGCACACGCGGAUGAGAAGUCCUUAGGUACAGUUCAACAGUGCUGUGAUGCUAUCGACCACCUAAGGCGCAUCAUUGAAAAGAAGUAUGUUUCUUUAAACAAAGCAAAAAAGCGUCGUUUACCAAGAGGGUUCCCACCUUCAGCGUCACUGUGUUUACUGGAUUUGGUCAAGUGGCUUUUAGCUCGCUGUGGAAGGCCCCAAACAGAAUGUCGGCACAAGUCCAUAGAACUUUUUUAUAAGUUUGUUCCUUUACUGCCAGGCAACAAAUCUCCUUCUUUGUGGUUGAAAGAUGUUAUUAAGGAGGAAGAUGCUUCUUUUCUCAUAAACACAUUUGAGGGGGGCGGCAGCAGCCAUGCCCGGCCCUCAGGAAUCCUUGCUCAGCCGACCCUCUUCCACUUGCAAGGACCGUUCAGCCUGCGAGCAGCCCUGCAGUGGCUAGACCUGCUCCUGGCAGCGCUGGAGUGCUACAACACAUUCAUUGAGGAGAAGACUGUGGAAGCACGUGAGGUCCUAGGUACCAAAACCGAUUCUUCACUUUGGAAGUCAGUGGCUUUCUUUUUAGAAACUAUUGCUAUGAAUGAUUUCACAGCAGCAGGAAAGUGCCUUGGCACCGGGGCGGGGGGCGCCCAACCCAGCCCACACGAGGAGGAAAGGUACAACUACAGUAAAUGCACAGUCGUGGUACGGAUUAUGGAGUUUACCACAACGCUGCUCAACACCUCCCCAGAAGGAUGGAAGCUCCUGGAGAAGGAUUUGUGUAAUACAAGCCUUAUGAAACUCUUGGUGAAAACCGUGUGUGAGCCUGUGAACAUCGGUUUCAAUACUGGUGACGUCCAGGUUAUGGACCGUCUUCCGAGUGUUUGUGUGAACCUAAUGAAAGCACUGAAGAAGUCCCCGUACAAAGACACCCUGGAGACUCACCUGAGGGAAAAAGUAACAGCACAGAGCAUUGAGGAGCUUUGUGCCAUUGACUUGUGUGACCCUGAUGCCCACCUGGAGAGGACCAGGCUGGCGUCUGUUGUGUCGGCCUGUAAGCAGCUCCACAGAGCUGGCUUCUUACACAGUAUCUCAUCAUCUGAGUCUGCAGCGCUGCGUCACUCUACUGGCACAAGACUUCUCUCCCUGGUUUAUGAAGGCAUCACACCAGGAAAGGAAGGGCAGCAUCUGUUGUCGCUGGACCCCAGCUGUAAGCGUCUGGCCACUGGACUUCUGGAGCUGGCCUUUGCUUUUGGAGGACUGUGUGGGCACCUGCUGAGUCUGCUCCUGCGUGCAGCGCCACUGUCCACACCAUCCUUGCGUAGGUCACAGACGAGUGUCGUCAACUUCUCCCAUGGGGAGUAUUUCUAUAGCUUAUUCUCAGAAACAAUCAAUGCUGAGCUGCUGAGAAAUCUUGAUCUUAUGCCAGAGCUCAUGAAAUCAUCGGUGGAUAACCCCAAGAUGGUGAGUACCAUUUUGAAUGGCAUGUUAGACCAGAGCUUCAGGGAGCGAGCCACUCAGAAACCCCAAGGGCUGAGGCUUGUGACUGCGGUCCUGCAGAGCUGGGGGCGGUGUGACUUAUGGCGGUCCCAGGAUUCCACUCCGGAGAGCAAAAUGGCAGUGCUGGCCUUACUGGCCAAAAUUUUACAGAUUGAGUCUUCUGUGUCUUUCAAUGCAAAUCAUAGCUCGUUUGCAGACGUCUUCGCGACAUACACUAGUCUACUUGCUGAUUCAGAGCUGGGUCUACAUCUAAAGGGCCAAGCUGUGAUCCUUCUGCCGUUCUUCACCAGUCUCACUGGUGGCCACCUGGACGACCUUAAGGGUGUUCUGGAAAAGCUCAUUGUUUCCAGUUUCCCCAUGAAGUCUGAUGAAUUUCCUCCAGGAACUCUCAAGUAUAAUAACUAUGUGGACUGCAUGAAAAAGUUUCUAGAUGCACUGGAAUUAUCCCAGAGUCCCAUGCUGUUACAAUUGAUGACCGAGAUUCUUUGCCGAGAACAGCAGCACGUCAUGGAAGAAUUGUUCCAGGCCACUUUCCAAAGGAUUGCCAGAAGGAGUUCCUGUGUCACGCAGUCAGGCCUUCUGGACAGUGUGUACAGAAUGUUCAGGAGGAAUGACCUACUUUCAAAUAUGACCCGCCAAGCCUUUGUAGAUCGCUGUCUCCUCACCCUGCUGUGGCACUGCAGCCUGGAUGCUCUAAGAGAGUUCUUCAGCAGUAUCGUAGUGGAUGCCAUUGACAUGUUGAAGACCAGAUUCACAAAGCUAAACGAAUCUACCUUUGAAACUCAAAUCACCAAGAAGAUGGGUUAUUACAAGAUGCUAGAAGUGAUGUAUUCGCGUCUUCCAAAAGAUGAUGUUUACUCCAAGGAAUCUAAAAUUAAUCAAGUUUUCCAUGGCUCCGGUGUUACAGAAGGAAAUGAACUUACAAAGACACUUAUUAAGUCGUGCCACGAUGCCUUCACAGAGAACAUGGCGGGAGAGAGCCAGUUACUGGAGAGGAGAAGACGCUACCGUUGCGCCGCGUACAACUGCGCCAUCUCCGUUAUCCGCUGUGUCUUCACAGAGAUAAAGUUUUACCAAGGUUUUCUGUUUAGCGAAAAACCAGAAAAGAACUUGUUUAUUUUUGAAAAUCUGAUAGACCUGAAUCGCUGCUAUACAUUUCCCAUAGAAGUUGAGGUUCCUAUGGAAAGAAGAAAAAAGUACAUUGAAAUUAGGAAAGAAGCCAGAGAGGCUGCAAAUGAAGAUUCAGAUGGUCCUUAUUACAUGUCUUCCCUGUCAUACUUGGCAGACAGCAGCCUGAGUGAGGAAAUGAGUCAGUUUGAUUUCUCAACUGGAGUUCAGAGCUAUUCAUACAACUCUCAGGACCCUAAAUCUGCUGCUCGUUUUCGGAGACGGGAUCGUCAUGACCCUCAGGUCCCAGAUGAUGUCGUGGAGUUAGAGCUGGAUGAGCUCAAUCAGCACGAGUGCAUGGCCGCCAUGACAGCGCUGGUUAGGCACAUGCAGAGCAAUCUGGUCUCGCCCAAAGGGGAAGAGAGUUCAGUGUCAAAAGAUCUUCCUCCUUGGAUGAAGUUUCUUCAUGACAAAUUAGGAAAUCCAUCAGUGCCAUUAAAUAUUCGUCUCUUCUUAGCCAAGCUUAUUAUUAAUACAGAAGAGAGCUUUCGUCCUUACGCGAAGCACUGGCUUAGCCCCUUGCUGCAGCUGGUGGUUUCUGAAAACAAUGGAGGAGAAGGAAUUCACUACAUGGUGGUUGAGUUAGUGGCUACCGUUCUCUCCUGGACAGGCGUGGCUGCCCCGACGGGGACCCCUAAAGACGAAGUGUUAGCAAAUCGAUUGCUUCAUUUCCUAAUGAAACACGUCUUCCAUCCCAAGAGAGCUGUGUUUCGACACAACCUUGAAAUUAUAAAAACCCUUGUUGAAUGCUGGAAGGAUUGCCUCUCCAUCCCGUACAGGUUAAUAUUUGAAAAGUUUUCCAGCCGAGAUCCCAAUUCUAAAGAUAAUUCUGUAGGGAUUCAGUUAUUAGGCAUCGUGAUGGCCAAUAACCUGCCUCCCUAUGACCCGAAGUGUGGCAUAGAUAGCACCAAAUACUUUCAAGCUUUGGUCAAUAACAUGUCCUUUGUAAAAUAUAAAGAGGUGUAUGCAGCAGCGGCAGAAGUUCUAGGACUUAUUCUUCAAUAUAUGACUAAGGAAAAAAAUGUGCUGGAGGAGUCCGUGUGCGAACUGGUUGUAAAACAAUUGAAGCAACAUCAGAAUAUGAUGGAGGACAAGUUCAUCGUGUGCUUGAACAGAGCGGUGAAGGGCUUCCCUCCACUGGCAGACAGGUUCUUGAACGCGGUGUUCUUUCUGCUGCCAAAAUUCCACGGAGUGAUGAAGACACUUUGUCUGGAGGUGAUACUUUGUCGUACGGAGGAAAUACCAGACCUGUACUUGCAGUUAAAGAGCAAGGACUUCGUCCAAGUCAUGAGACACAGAGAUGACGAAAGACAAAAAGUGUGUUUGGACAUAAUUUAUAAGAUGAUGGCAAAAUUAAAGCCAGUAGAGCUCCGGGAACUUCUGAACCCUGUUGCAGAAUUCAUUUCCCAUCCUUCUCCGAUGUGUAGGGAACAAAUGUAUAAUAUCCUCAUGUGGAUUUAUGAUAAUUACAGAGAUCCUGAAAGUCAAAAGGAUGAUGACUCCCAAGAAGUAUUUAAAUUGGCAAAGGAUGUGAUUUCUCCCCCUCUGCUUUUCAGAUUAAUUAUUCGGAAUUUCUGGAGCCAUGAAACCCGGUUACCUUCAAAUAUCCUGGACCGACUGUUGGCCCUGAGUUCCUUAUAUUCUCCUAAGAUCGAAAGCCACUUUUUAAGUUUAGCAACAAAUUUUCUGCUUGAAAUGACCAGCCUGAGCCCGGAUUACCCAAACCCCAUGUUUGAGCACCCUCUGUCGGAGUGUGAAUUUCAGGAGUACCCCAUCGAUCCUGACUGGCGUUUCCGAAGUACUGUUCUCACACCAAUGUUUGUCGAGACCCAGGCCUCCCCAGGCACGCUGCAGACCCACACCAGGGAAAACUCCCUCCCCGCGCAAGGGCCAAGGGCUGGGCAUGUAAGGGCCACGCAGCAGCAGUACGACUUCACACCCACACAGACUGCAGAUGGAAGAAGCUCUUUUAAUUGGCUGACUGGGAGCAGUAUUGAGCCGCUGGCGGAUCAGUCAUCCUCUGACUCCUUGGCUUCUUCCUUGCUGUUUGCCCACAAGAGAAGUGAAAAGUCCCAGCGACCUCCCUGGAAGGCAGUGGGACCUGGUUUUGGAGAAAAAAGGCUGAGCCUUCCUGGGGAUGAGGUGGAUAACACGGUGAAAGGGGGUACAGACCACCGGGCAGAAAUACUAAGGCUGCGCAGGCGAUUUUUAAAGGACCAAGAAAAAGUCAGUUUGAUUUAUGCCAAAAAAGGCAUUGCUGAACAAAAGCGAGAGAAGGAGAUGAAGAGUGAGUUGAAAAUGAAGCAAGACGCGCAGAUCGUUUUGUAUAGAAGUUACCGGCACGGAGACCUCCCAGACAUCCAGAUCAAGUGCAGCAGCCUCAUUGCCCCCCUGCAGGCCGUGGCGCAGAGAGACUCAUUAAUUGCGAAGCAGCUCUUUAGCAGCCUGUUUUCUGGGAUACUCAAAGAGAUGGAUAGAUUUAAGAUGGCAUCUGAAAAAAACAUCACUCAAAAGUUGCUCGAAGACUUCAGUCAUUUUCUUAACACCACUUUUUUGUUCUUCCCGCCGUUUGUGUCUUGCAUCCAGGAGAUCAGCUGCCAGCACGCAGCCUUGCUCAGCCUGCCGCCCGCCCUGGUCCGAACUGCCAGCCUGGCCAGCCUGCAGCAGCCCGGGGGCAUCCGCCUGCUGGAGGAGGCCCUGCUUCACCUGGCACCCGAAGAGCCGCCCGCCAAGCGAGUCCGUGGCAAGGCCUGUCUCCCUCCCGACACCCUGCGGUGGAUGGAGCUUGCUAAAUUGUAUCGAUCCAUUGGCGAGUACGAUGUCCUCCGGGGUAUUUUUAGCAGUGAGAUAGGAACAAAGCAAGUCACUCAGAAGGCCCUGCUCGCAGAAGCCAGAAGCGACUAUUCCGAAGCUGCUGAGCAAUACAAUGAGGCUCUCAGUGAGCAAGAGUGGGCAGGGGGUGAGCCCACGCAGGCCGAGAGGGACUUCUGGGAGCUGGCAUCUCUCGACUGCUACAACCACCUCUGUGAGUGGAAGUCCCUGGAGUACUGCUCUACAGCCAGCGUGGACAGCGAGAGCCCUCCAGAUUUAAGUAAAAUGUGGAGUCAACCGCUUUAUCAGGAGAUGUACCUGCCGUACAUGGUCCGCAGCAAGUUGAAGCUGCUGCUCCGAGGCGAGGGUGACCAGUCCCUGCUGACCUUCGUGGACGAGGCGAUGCGCAGGGAGCUGCAGCAGGCGCUCACAGAGCUGCAGUACAGCCAGGAGCUGAGUCUUCUGUACAUCCUGCAGGAUGACCUCGACAGGGCCAAGUACUAUGCUGAGCAGGGCAUUCAGAUUUUUAUGCAGAGUUAUUCUAGUAUUGAUGUCCUGUUACAUAGAAGUAGACUCAUCAAGUUACAGUCCGUUCAAGCUUUAACAGAAAUUCAGGAAUUCAUCAGCUUUAUAAGUAACCAAGGUAAUCUAUCAUCGAAGGCUUCCCUUAAGAGACUUCUGAAAACCUGGACAAACAGAUACCCAGAUGCUAAAAUGGACCCACUGCACAUCUGGGAUGACAUCAUCACAAAUCGGUGUUUCUUUCUCAGCAAAAUAGAGGAGAAGCUGGCUCCUGUCUCAGAUGACAGCAUGAGUGUGGAUGGUGAUGAAGGUCACAGCGAUGGGAGGGAUGAGCCCGAGGAGGGCGUCACUUCGCUGAUCCAGAGCUGCAGGUUCUCCAUGAAGAUGAAGCUGGUAGAAAGCGCGCGGCUGCAGAACAAUUUCUCACUUGCCAUGAAGCUGCUGAAGGAGCUGCAUAAGGAGUCGAAGACGAGAGCCGACUGGCAGGGCAAGUGGGUGCAGAGCUACUGCCGGCUGAGCCACCGCCGGAGCCAGGCCCGCAGCGCCCCGGAGCGGGUCCUCACCGUGCUGAAAACGGUCUCCCUGUUGGAUGAGACCACCACCUCCGGUUGCUUAAACAAAAAUAGCCUGGCUUCCUGUGAUCAGAACACUCUCUUGGGCACAACUUUCAGGAUCAUGGCUGACGCACUCAGCAGUGACCCCAGCUGCCUGGCUGACCUGGAAGAGGGCAGGGCGCAGCAGGUCCUGGAGCUUGCUGGGGCUCACACACAGGGCACAGAGAAGGUAACUUCGGGCCUGUACCAGAGAGCGUUCUUGCACCUCUCCAGAGCCGUGCAGACUGCUGAGGAUGCCCAGCCUUCCUGCCAGGACCACGAGCCUGCAGCUGGUGUGGUCGACGCUUAUAUGACGCUAGUGGAUUUCUGUGACCAGCAACUCCGCAGGGCAGAAGAAAGUGCAUCGGGUGAAUCAAAAGAGACAAAAACAAUUCCUGAUUCUGUAGAACUGCAGGUAUAUCCAGCGCUUGUGGUGGAGAAAAUGUUGAAAGCUUUAAAAUUAAAUUCCACUGAUGCCAGGCUGAAGUUUCCUAGAUUACUUCAGAUUCUAGAACAGUAUCCAGAGAAGACUUUGAGUCUAAUGACAAAAGAGAUCUCCUCCAUUCCCUGCUGGCAGUUCAUCGGCUGGAUCAGCCACAUGGUCGCUUUGCUGGACAAAGAGGAAGCCAGUGCUGUGCAGCGCCCGGUGGCAGAGCUCGCCGAGAGCUACCCGCAGGCCAUCAUCUACCCUUUCAUCAUAAGCAGCGAGAGCUUUUCCUUCCAAGACACUUCGGCUGGUCGUGAGAAUCAGGAGUUUGUGGCAAGGAUCAAAAGCAAAUUGGAUCAAGGAGGAGUGAUUCAAGAUUUUAUUAAUGCCCUGGAACAACUCUCUAAUCCUGAUAUGCUUUUUAAGGACUGGGUUGCUGAUAUAAAAGAAGAACUAGGAAAAAGCCCUGUCAAUAAAAGAAAUAUUGAACAAUUGUAUGAAAAGAUGUAUGCGGCCUUGGGCGACCCGCAGGCUCCAGGAGUGGGGCCCUUCAGAAGGAGGUUUAUUCAGGCCUUCGGAAAGGAAUUUGAUAAAUACUUUGGGAAAGGAGGUUCUAAGCUGCCUAAAAUGAAGCUCAGUGAAUUUAGUGACAUCACGGACAGGCUGCUUUUCAAAAUGAGAAAAGACGCAAAGCCUCCUGGAAACCUGAAGGAGUGCUCGCCCUGGCUGAGUGAGUUCAGCGUGGAGUUCCUGAGGAGCGAGCUGGAGGUUCCUGGUCAGUAUCACGGCCGGGGAAAGCCGUUGCCUGAGUACCAUGCACGGAUCUCUGGGUUUGAUGAGCGGGUAAAAGUAAUGAAUUCCAUCAGAAGACCGAAGCGCAUCAUCAUCCGGGGCCACGAUGAGCGGGAGUACCCUUUCCUGGUGAAGGGCGGUGAGGACCUGCGGCAGGACCAGCGCAUCGAGCAGCUCUUUGAGGUCAUGAACGUGGUCCUCUCCCAAGACGCUGCCUGCAGUCAGAGGAACAUGCAGCUGAGGACGUACCGGGUGGUGCCCAUGACCUCCAGAUUAGGAUUAAUUGAAUGGAUUGAAAAUACUGCUACCUUGAAGGACUUUCUUUUGAACAGCAUGUCCGCAGAGGAGAAGGAAGCAUACAUGAGUAAUGACGUCAGAGCACCAGGGAAGGACUACAAAGAGUGGCUGGCCAGGAUGUCGGGAAGACAGAAUGCUGGGAGUUACAUGUUGAUGUAUAAUGCAGCUAACCGUACAGAAACGGUCAUGGCGUUCAGAAAAAGAGAAAGCAAAGUGCCUGCUGACCUCUUGAAGCGGGCUUUUGUGAAGAUGAGCACCAGCCCCGAGGCCUUCCUGGCUCUGCGCUCCCACUUCGCCACCUCUCACGCCCUGCUGUGCAUCAGCCACUGGCUCCUUGGCAUCGGAGACAGGCACCUGAACAACUUCAUGGUGACCAUGGAGACAGGUGGCAUGAUUGGCAUCGACUUCGGACACGCAUUCGGAUCGGCCACUCAGUUUUUGCCGGUCCCCGAGUUGAUGCCCUUCCGCCUAACCCGCCAGUUCAUCAAUCUGCUGUUACCGAUGAAAGAAACGGGCCUCGUGUACAGCGUCAUGGUGCACGCGCUGCGGGCCUUCCGCGCAGAGGCCGGCCUGCUCACCAACACCAUGGACGUGUUCGUGAGGGAGCCGUCCUUCGACUGGAAGAAUUUUGAACAGAAAAUGCUGAAAAAAGGAGGAUCAUGGAUUCAAAAAGUAAAUGUAACUGAAAAAAAUUGGUAUCCUCGACAGAAAAUAUGUUACUCCAAGAGAAAGUUGGCAGGUGCCAAUCCAGCCGUUAUUACAUGUGAUGAGCUACUCCUGGGCCACGAGGAGUCGCCCGCCUUUGGGAGCUACACAGCCGUCGCGCGGGGCAGUCGAGAGCACAGCGUCCGUGCCCGAGAGCCAGAGAGUGGGCUUUCCGCAGAGGCCCAAGUGAGGUGCUUGCUGGACCAGGCGAUGGACCCCAACAUCCUGGGCAGGACUUGGGAAGGCUGGGAGCCCUGGAUGUGAGGCCCAAGUGGCCCACCAGCUCCCCAGCUCUUGGUGACAGCAGCCCAUGGUCUGAGGCCCCACAAAAAGGAAGUCUGUUGGCAGUAGCAUUUUGUGGCAUCUGUUUUAAUCAAGAUCAUUAUAAAUAUUGAUAUGAAUCAAGGAGUAGGUUAUUUGUAAUAGAAAAAUACAUGUGUCUGCUUAUCAAAAUAAGUCAAGAAUAAAUCGUUAGGGCCAGGGAGUUAGCUCAGUAGAAUAAACACUUGCCUAGCAAGUGCAAGGUCCUCAGUCCAAUCCCCUGUACCACAAAAAAAAAAAAAAAAAAAAAGAAUAAAUUGUUAAGACAAGCCAGCAGUCGCAGUACACGCGCUAUGUCUGCACACCCCGUAGACCACACUUGUGCGUGGUGGCCCACGGAGAUAGCCCCGGCGUACUCCCUCCCCAGGACUUUAUACGAGCCAACAGUGUAACCCCUAUGAUAUGCUUAUACAAUCGUAGGAAUAGUAAGAAAGAAAGGUAAAGCUGGACCCAUAGCAUAUUUCAAAAUGACUGCAUUGGACACCUCUCUGGGCUUUUCUCUUUAUGCUCCUCUAGUUUUGGUAGAUGUGCACUAGAGGAAGACGUCUCCGUUAGACAGAAGCCUGGAUCUUGGCAUUCGCUGGGCGCCUACCCGCUGAAGGUCCAGCCAAGGCUCUGUGCGGGCCAGGGGAGGCGGGGAAGGAGGGAAGGCGCUGUGGGGCAGCUCGGGCUUUGCUGCCUCUCGCGUCUCUGGGGGGUCUUGAAUAAAGACAAUCGACUAUAGAUACCUGCAAGGACCAUGUAUGGCAGUGGCUACCAUGCUGGACCUAGCACUCCACAUUUUUUAAAUAAAGACAUUUGUAU